AUGACAGAGGAGGAGGAUCCAUACGCACUUUCUUCAUCGGAAUCUGAAGAUGAAGCCCCAAAAAAGCCAAUCAAGAUUGAGGGAAGAAGCGGUGAUUUGAAGCAGUUGAGAGAAGCGCUCAGCGACCAAACAAAAUCGGCACUUUUCGAAAACAAGGGUCCCGUCAAAGAUGAGGCACGAGAAGAGGAAUUGGCAGCUUUGAAAGCCGGAAAUCAGGAGUUGAAGAAAAUGAAAAAGGACUUCGAAACCGGCGCCGUGCAUAACAUUGAAAACGAGGACGAUGAAACCAAAAUUGCUCGCCUUGAAGAACGUCAGAAGCUAACGGAAAUUGGCCAGGAGAAAUUCUCAAAGUUCAAGACAAAGUUUGAGAAUAUCGAUUCGACGAUGGAUGAGGAUUUAGAGCAGAAGCUGAAAAGAAUGCAGAAGGAGCAAAUUGGAGGAGUUGGAAAAGAGACUUUGGCUAGUGCCAAGGAGAGAUUCGAAAAAGGUGAAAGUGACAUUGUCGUAGAAAAAACCGCUGUGGACAUUGAGCGAAGUGCGGAUUUGUCAAAAAUGAAAGCAGCAUUCCAGGAGGUGAAGCAGGAAGAGAAGAAGAACUGUUGCAUCUGUGAUAAAGUUGUAUAUCCAGUAGAAAAAGUGCUUGCCAACAAGAAUUUAUACCAUAUUCAAUGCUUCAAGUGCUGCAAGUGCGCCAAGAAAUUGACGCCAACGAAUUUCAACUCUCACGAGGGCAAACUUUUGUGUAAAGUCCACAUGUUGGAAGUGUUCCAUCCGGAAAUUGCACACACAAUGGAUCCACAGAAUACGGAAGAAGACGAGCACGCUGCCUCUGACGAGGAAGAAUUCGCAGUUUCCAGUAAGCCAAAGCAGCUUCAAGGUGUUGUCAAAUCCGGCGGCGGUGGUGUUCAUGACGAGUUGGCUCAGCUCAAGAGUCUCAGAGAAAAGAAGGGAGAUUUUGAGUCGUCGUGCAAGGAAGUCGACAAUGUUGAGAAGAAAACUCAGAUCGAAAAGGACCUAUUGGCAGCAGGAAAAGUGAAGGCAAACGCUGAAAAGUUUAUUUCGGGAGCCGCCCUCGAGAAUAGUGAUGACGAGAGUGAAAGUGCUGAUCGUGAUCCAAAUAUUAUCAGAGGAAGCAAGAAAGCGGAAAAAGUUGAGCUUAACUUUGAAAAUGUUGGAGAUAUUAAGAAUAAAUGGAAGGAGGGAAAUGUGGAGACAGCUGAAGCCAAAGAAGCUGCAGAGAGAAAGGAAUUGGAAGCGUUGAAGGGUGGAGUCUCAGUGAAAGACCGUUUCAAGGAGCGUGGCGACAACGAUGAGCAAGUCGUCGAGCGAAGCUGGAAUAAGGAUGAGCUCAGCACUUCAGCCGCCGCCGAAGCCCGCAAGUCAUUCAUGGCAGGAAGUGCCUAUGACGCAGCGAAUCCCGUGGAAAAAACAGUCAAGGAUCUAGAUGAUCUGAAAUUCGGUCAACUCAAAGGAUUCAAGGAUAAAUUCGAGAAAGGAGAGGAAGGAGUUGAGGUACAAAAGACUCAAGUUGACCUGGGAGAAGGUGUCCAACUUGGAAAUAUCAAGGCAACAUUCGAAAAGGGAAAUGCUGUUGAUGAAUCUGAAAUGACUGCAGAAGAGAGAGCUGAACUCAAGAAACGAGAGAUUGAAGCCGAGUUUCAGAGAUAUAAGUUGGCGAGGAAAAGUGCUAAAGCUCAGGAGGAGGUUGUGGGAGAGGAGGAGGCGAAUAAGGGAUAUAAUCCAUUGGAUGUUGAAGUUAAGAUGGCCGGAAAAGCUCGUGAAAAGUUCCGUCAAAUCGAUGCAUCCGGUGCUUCUCCAGUACUUCCACAACAAUCCAAAAAGUCCACAGAACCAAGUAAAUGGGAUAAAAAAGAUGAUAAACCGGUGGCAGAGGUAAUAAAUCGAAGAAAUACUGAUGAGCAGGAGCCAGAAGAGGAAGAAGAUGACGCUUUUGAUGUAAAGAAUUUGAUGAAUAAAUUCAAAAAUAUCGGAGAUUCUGGAAAUCAAAAAACUCAAAAUACUGAGCAUCGUGCCGAGUUGGAAGCAUUGAAAUGUGCAGCCAAGGACUUUAAGGCAAAGUUUGAAAAUGCUGGAGAAGCAGAUGCAGAUGCAGCUGUUGUUGAGGCAAAGAGGCAACAAAUGGAAGAAGAAUUCGAGGCCAUGAAACGAGAACGAGAAGAAGCUCAAAAGCGUCUUGAAGAGGAACGUCUCGCUGAGGCUUCAGCUUCUCAAGGAAAUGAAGCUCGUGAUGAGGACGUGGCAAUUAAAGCAGAGCACGCGUCGAAAAUGGCUGCAAAAUGGGAAAAGAUUCAACAAAAGGAGGCGAAGAAGGCCGAGAAAGGAAAGAUGCCAGAGAAGAAAACGGGAAAUGGGAGAUUCUGCCUCCCGCCACCCGAUAAAUGCUCAUUGUGCACCAAGAAUGUGUAUCGUGCAGAGCAAUUUCAGUGCUUUGGGUUACUGUAUCACGUGAAUUGUUUCAGGUGUAUUGAUUGUAAGCAGGCGUUGAGAGUAGAAAAGGCUCAUCGAUGCCAACAAUCUGGAGAUCUUUACUGUCGUGUUCACUUCAAAUUAAUGGAAGAGAACCGAAGCCGGAAAAUGCUCAGUUUGGAAGAAAAUAAUAAUAAUAAUGAAAUGGAAACUGCUCAGGUGGAGGAAGAAGAAGUCUCUGAUAUUUAA